AUGGGUAUAUUUGAUCUCAGUCAAUAUACUUCAGAAUUUCUUGAAAACUUUACCGAUAAUAAGAAGUGGAAUCAGGCUUGCAGACGCCUUCGGAAUGGUUUUAAAUUUAGCAGUGAACAGGUAGAUAUAUUGAUACCUAAUCAGAGAAGUGAGAAAAAUAAAACUAUAAAUUUGGUUGAAAGUAAUUGUAGAAUAGCAAUAACCAAGCUCCCAAAAAGUUUAGAAGAAGAGAUCGUCAGAGAGAAAGCAAAACAAAUCUUGCAAAAUAGAUAUGGGUUUAGUGAAGAUCAAGUAAAUGCCUUAUUCACAAUCCUGAAAAACGAAAGUAGACACAGUAUUUUAUGGGAUAAACUUAGCAUUAGAGAUGUAAGAGCUAAAGCUUAUGCCUUAGCCCUAUUAGCAAAAAAUGCUAAUGCUGGCUCAUCACAUCUCACUCAUCUUCGUAGAGAAUUAAGAAACCUUAAUGCAUCACUUGAGAUAAUUAAGGUUACAAAAUUUUCAGAUAUUACAAAAGAUGCCAACAAAAUCCAGAAUGAAUUUACAUUAGAAUCAGUCAAAGAAAGAUUAGAUAUGUAUGAUAUUAAAACUUUACCUAAUUGUCAGGCUCUUGCUGAUGUUAUGGUGAUGCUUUGUAUUUGUCCUGCUGAAUUUAAAACUUUACGCAUUACAGAUGCUAGAAAUCAAAAACAAGCCAAAGAACUACUCACUUGGAUUCAGCGUGCUAUAUCAUCUGGACAAAUGGGUGAUCCAGGUAAGCCAGAAGUUAAAUGGUUCAAUAAAUUCUUAAAAGAUUAUGAUUUAAUUCCUAAAUAUUUACGUAAAUUAGAAGCAGUUUACGAUGCAGUAGCACAUGGAGCUAAGAAUAUGGCCUACGCUUAUACAAUUGCUAGAGAAUGUCUACGUCAUUUAUCUGAUAAUCAUACUUUUCCUGUGCAAAAUUACAUUGUAGUCAAUUAUAGAAAAAGAGGUAUUCCUUAUAAGCAAGCAAGACGAUUUCAUAUCUAUGAUCAAGAUUAA